UUCCAUGGAAAUGUGUGGUGUACGUGCAUUCCACCGAUUUAACACCGACUUCGGAUGGGAAAUUCCUAGAGUGGAAUUUCCGGGCAGGAGAGGAGAAAUGCCGGGAGAAUAUGAGAUUUCACUCUCUCUGUAGCUUUAGUGGAAGAUCGAUAGACUUUCUCUCUCUUCACUAUUUUCUCUCUCCAGCUCCGCUUUCACCACUGACACAAACUUUCUCCUGGCUGCUGCUGCUGCGCCCCACUCCACACUCCUCUCUCUCUCCAUUCCAACUUUCACUACUCGAAAACUACGCCUACUACAACUCUCACCCACCACGCCAAAAAAAAUCAACUAAUCACAAUGACGUCUUCCAACUAACCCAAAAACCAUCAGCACAAAAACAAUCAAACGAAAUGAAAACCAACCUGGUGCCUACAAUUUUCUCAUAUUUUUGUAUUUGUUGUACUAUUUUUAUCAGUAGAGAAACUCCGGUCGUCGUGCUGGGAGAAGUGCAGCAGGGGAUAUCCAAACAGAUACUGGAAAACUGGGCCUCAAAAUUCGGCGGCCCCCUGUUCGAGUUUGGCAGGAGCGUCACGAAAUAUAAUGAGCUCCAGGGGCGCUUCUCCUCCCCCUCCUCCUCCUCGCCCACCUCCAUCCGGCGGAUCGAGCUGGACAAGCUCAUCACGGAUAUAACCUCCGAGAUGAACACUGCUCUAAAAGAGAAAGUCGAGGCCGUCAGGAAAAUCAUGCUCUUCACGGAGGAACGCUCCCUGGAGCACCACACCCGGACCACCCCCCCACCCAUCCCACAAACUUACUACAACGCCAAAAAACUCAACCGUGACGGUCGCUCCGACCCUCGUGAACUAUUCCACGUGGUGAACCUCACCUUCAACGCCCACUUCGGAGCCGCCGUGAACACGAGCUUCAGCUCGAUCCAUGUGCCAACGUCGAUUUAUGAGAAGAAAACCCCCCUCUUGGAAGCCAUCGGGUGGACCUCCCAGAUGGACUCGACUUUUGAAUCUAAUUAUCAGACGAAUCCUACCUUGUCCUAUCAAUAUUUCGGCUCUGCGACGGGGUUCCUGAGGCAGUAUCCAGCGGGGAAGUGGCCCAAUGAGAAUGGAAUAAGGACUAAUCCGGACUUGUACGACGCCCGCACCCGGCAAUGGUACGUCUCUGCGGCGACCUCCCCGAAAAACAUGGUCAUCCUCCAGGACAUUUCCGGCUCCAUGACCGGGCUGAGAAGAGAAAUUGCCAAACAUGUCGUUAGCACAAUUCUCGACACCCUCACGGAAAAUGAUUACGUCAAUGUUUACAGUUUCGCAGAGGACUGCACCCCCGUGGUGCCCUGUUUCACUGGAAAACUGGUCCAAGCCAACCUGGAGAACAUCCGUGAUUUCAAGGACGGCCUGGACGGGGACCACACGACCGGCGUGGCCAAUUUCUCCGCCGCUCUCAACACGGCGUUUGAUAUUUUAGAAAAACACCUGCCUCCGAAUGCCCCCGCGGAGAGUACCUCCUCUUGUAAUCAAGCAAUCAUGAUAAUAACGGACGGCUCUCCGUACAAUUUCGAGGAGAUUUUUAAACAACGCCAAAAUCGAGAGUACUCUGCGAGGAUUUUCACUUAUCUCAUCGGGAGGGACGUCACGGAUAAGAGGGAGGUCAUGUACAUGGCUUGUGCCAAUAAUGGCUACUACACCCACGUCUCGACCCUCUCCGAAGUCCAGGAGCAGGUCCUCAAAUACAUCCCCGUCAUGGCCAGGCCCCUCGUGCUCUACAACAACCACUCCAUCGCCUGGACCUCCGUGUACGCCGACGUCGCUGAACCCCAAUAUUCCGACUGGACGUGGGACGAGGACAACUCCCGUCGUCAAUACCUCCGGUCCUCCCGUUACAAAAACUUCCUCCGUGCAAACUACCACCAAAAUGGAUUCAUGAAAGGCGGACUGAAAGACCAAGACGAAGAGGAAAUCGAACAAUCCCUGAGGGACUUCCUCGAUGAGAAAAUUGAUGAAGGUGGUGAGGCGGUCUUGGUUUUGCCUGUUAGUGCCAAAAAGCUCUCUGAAAAAAUUAACAGGAUUGUGCAUGAGCCAAAUCUCCUGAGUGAAAAGCAGAAAAAGGACUUUCACUUUGUCAUCACGGCGAGCGUCCCGGUUUUCGACACGAGGAAUGUGUCCAGCGAGGGGUCCCGCAUCGCCUCCCUCCUCGGCGUGGCCGGCACGGACAUCCCGAUCCGCGAGCUCCACAAAAUAGCCUCCCCCUUCAAACUAGGAGUCAACGGCUACUCCUUCCUCACGAACAACAACGGCUACGUGAUUUACCACCCGGACCAUCGCCCAAUAUUCAGAGAUGAAUUACUCAAACCUAACUAUAACACGGUGGACAUGAUGGAAGUCGAGUUGAUGGACGGGGAUGAGGCGGGGGUCGUCAGGAAUAAUUAUUCCAAAGUUGUGGAGCUCCGCCAAGAAAUGAUCGAGCUCGACCGGGGCUACCGGACAUUAAACGUAAAGGUCCACCAGGAUGGAUUCCGCCGCGUAACAUUGCGCCCCCAAAAAUACGAGUUCUCCCACCUAAAAUCCACCCCUUACACCCUGACCCUCUCCGUCCCCGCCCACCUCCACCAAUUCCACGGCCAGAUGGAGCUCUACCUCGAAAAGGACCAGGAACUCAUAACUUUCUUCGGCCCUCCAACGGAACCCCGGCGCUGGUCGAUUAAUCCAACCUGGUCCUACUGCGAGUACAUCCGCGGAGGGGCGGAUUUCGGUGGGAACAAGGAGGAUCAGCUGGUACAUUUCUUGAAAAGGAUUGAAAAAGCGAAGAAAGCGUGGAAGUGGAAAAACACGGGGGUUGGGAUUAAACAGAGGCAUGGCAACAAGGGGAAAGUGUUGGAUGGGGAUAUCUAUGAGUGCGAUCGAGAUUUACUACAAUCCCUCGCCUUCGACGCCAACGUAACAGAGGUCUUUACCGAAAAGAAAUUAUGGAAAAUCAAUCGAGAAGACAACCCCAUUGCAUUAUUGUUCGCUCUAAUGCCCAGGAAAUUAAUCGAGCUGAACGGGGCGAGUUUGGCUUUUAUCGCGACACGGUCGGGUCUCACGAGGUGGAUCGAUUUUGAAAAGAAAUCGAGUCAGCAACAGCCACCAGAACUAAUUGAGAGCCCCCCCAUCUCCCCCACGGCAACGGACUCCAUCUGGUACAAACGGGCCGUGGAACGGUACUUACUGGACCCAGAUUCCUUCGUAUUUUCCGUGCCCUUUAACUCUGGGGGUAACGCUGGAAACGUAAAAAACGACACCAAAGUCACGGCCACGAGGGCAGUGUUCGUAACUAACAAAGAAGGCUUGUCCGCACCCGUGGCAGUGGUCGGAGUGCAGUACAAACAUGAAGAGUGGGCCGCGAGGUUCUUCGAUAUCACCUCAACGUGCGUGGAAUCCAGCUCCACGGCUGGUGGAAACUCCCGACCCGGCCACUUAUCAUCUAACUACGUCGAUGGGAACUGCAAGAAAACGUGUGAAUCCGGAGAGUACGAUUGUUAUGUCCUGGAUGACAAUGGGUUCGUCUUGAUCAGCGAGAAGAGGGGGGAGACUGGCCGCUUCUUCGGUGAAAUCGACGGGAUGGUGAUGGAGAUGCUCGUUAAUUCCGAUGUUUACAAGCGUGUCCGGAUAGUCGACCACCAAGCCGUCUGCUUCCAACCCGUUAAUAAAGCCAGUUGUGGUGUUAAGACCUCCCCCCCACACUCCCCCCAUCUCCCCUCCCUCCUCUCCACAUUCCUCACCACCCUCCUCACGACCCUCCUCACCUCAGUCACCACCAGCCUCACCUACCUCCACACUCUGACCCAGGCCUACACGGACCCCGCUGAUCAAUACGCCAUCGUGGAUGAAGGGACCUCCGAUACUCUCCACCCCUUCCUGGAACUGGCCUCGAUCAACAAAACCCGGCUACGCCCCUGCGACAAGGAAACGUUCCUUUACACUUAUGGAGCGAGUUACAACACUUUCAACUUUUCCUAUCAUGGAUUGUUGACUAAAUGUGGGCACUCGAGUGGGUGUGAUGGCUACUUCAACGUUCACUUCAUCCCCCACACGAACCUAAUCCUGGUGGUGACCGAUGGAAAAUGCCGCUGCGGGGGGAUGAACACGACCACGGUGAAACUCCGAGAGGUCGACUACCCCCCGAUCCCCCAGGACAACGACGUUUCCUGCUCCCAAGGCCUCCUCGCGAGACAAGGUUUAUUUCGAGAAAGACCCGCCGACGGCGCAUGCGUCAGAUACAACGCGAAUGAGAUGGAAAUGGAUUGUGGGGGGGUGGGGAGAUUAGGGGGUGUGUUUGGGUUUCUGGGAACAUUUAUUGUGGGGGUGGUUACUAUGAUAAUGGGGUGAGAUUAUUGUGGGGGUGGGGUUGAGUGGGAGGAGGAGUGAGAAUUGACAAUAAUAAAAUUUAAAAAUUUUGUGAA